AUGUCGCGGAUCGAGGAGCUCCCGGACGACUUCGACGAGUCGCUGAACCUCAAUGAGGUGCCGCCGCAGGUGGCCCAGGACCUGCCGCAGCCCGGGUUCGAUGCUUUCGCCGCAUCCAACGAAAUCCCCUUCCCGAUCAACGAGGAGAGGCUGAAAGAGGUCGAGAAUGACCCGUCCGCGCCCAAGAUGCCGCCGGCCAUGGCCUCGGUCAAGUCACAUUCCAAGGAGCAGCUGCUGAGCAUGAUGAACAAGACCCCACUGUUCAUGACGGACAUGGAAAACGCGGGUGAUGAGCACGGGGAAAACAUUCUAUUGGAUGCGCUACAAGCCAUGCAGAAUGAGGGUACCCGGGGCGAGGUUGCACAGACCUUCAAGGAGCAGGGCAACGAGGCCGUUCAGGAAAAGCGAUGGAUCGAUGCCAAGGAGUUCUACACCAAGAGCAUCGCCGUCAUUUAUGCCAAGGAAGACAAGUGGGAGAAGCCCGAGGAUGCUCAGGCGGAGAAGAAAUUGUUACGCCAAUUGGAGGAGGCCUCGCAUAUCAACCGGGCGCUGGCCAAUCUAGAGCUGGGUAACUACCGCUCGACAACUCUCGACUGCGCCGCCGUCCUUAAACUCAAUCCUCGGAACAUCAAAGCCUUCUACCGCUCUUCCAGUGCUCUCCUGAAGCUUGACAAGCUUGCCGAAGCGGAGGAUGCUGUGUCGCGCGGCCUGGAACUCGACCCCAACAAUAAGGCUCUUCAGACCGUGGCGUCGAAGAUUGCAGAUCGCAUGGAUUAUGUAAAACGCAUCGAAGCGAAGCGGAAGGCCGAGGAGGAGGCUGCACGCAAGCAAAAGAUGGUUCUAAGCACUGCACUGCGCGCUCGCCAGAUCCGGACUCGCAAGACCAACCAACCCCCCGAAAUGGAAGAUGCCGGGAUCAAACUGGUCCCCGAUCCUCUGUCACCAGAGAGCACUGUCGAAUUUCCGGCUGUUUUCUUGUAUCCUAUGGAUGCGGAGUCGGACUUUAUCAAGGCCUUCUCGGAAAUGCAUUCCAUUGCCAACCACUUGGACUACAUCUUCCCGCUACCCUGGGACACCAAGAAGGAGUACUCGAUUGACACGGUCGAUUGCUUCAUGGAGACGGUCACUGGUGGGCUAAUCAAGGCGGGCAAGAAAUUGCCUUUGCUGCAGAUUCUGUCUGGAGGCAAGGUCGAGGUUGUUGAUGAGCUGGUCAGGGUGUUUGUUGUGCCAACUUCCAAGUCAAGCGCAUUUAUCUCCGAGAUGAAGGCCCGGAAGGUAGGCUGA